ACUUCACUUCACUUCCAUCACUCCUCAAACUCCAAAACUCCCUUCUCUCUCCUCAAUGCCCACGAACUAAAUUUAUUUUCUUUCUCUCUCUCUAGAAACUUAAAUAAAAGCCCACCUAAAUAUUCAAUUAAAUUUUAAAAUAUAAAAUAAAAGAGACCCUCCUACUUUGUUUGUUUGCAUUGGGAACUAGAAAUCUCUCUCACUUUCUCUUUACAUGGCGGACUUAAAGCCACCGGAAGGUCAGAUCAACGGCGGCGGCGGAGUCGGAGUUGGGAUAAGUGGUUUAGCACCCGGGCCUGUAGGCGGCGGCGGAGGAGGAGGAGGAUUACUUGUAAUGGGUUCUUCCGAGACUGUUGGAUCGAAGCGACAACGAAGACCUAGCGUCCGAUUAGGGGAUAUCGGAGGGGACCCGUCGUACGAUUCCCAGGUCCGGCGCACCACCAAGCACUGGAAGCUUCCUUUGGACCAUCACCACCAUCACCAUAACCACGGCCAUAACCACAAUCGGACUACCAGGGACACUGUUAAGACCUCCAAGACUCGACCUUUAAUCAAUUUCAGCUCCGCCGGUACGGACGACGGUCUCGAGGCGGUUGACGAGAGGGACCGAGAAGCGAAUCUCGAAACCAUGGCUAUUGGGAGUUGGAAGCUCAAGGAUUCGAAGAAACGAGGCUCAGUCGCCACCAAAAGGGUCAGAUCCAAUUGGGUUUCUUCCAAGCUCGAUGAAGGUGGUGGCGGCGUUGGAGGAGCAGAGGUCGGAGAUGGGGACGAGAAGUACAGCGCCGGAGAGGAUCUUGACGAUGGGAAUCGGGAUUUCGAAGUCGAAAAUUCCGAAAGCCCCUUGAAAGAACAAAGCCCAAUUCACUCUCUUGAUAAUUUGGGGGUAGAUGGGCAUGGGAACGAGAGGGAAAUUCUUUAUCAUGGUAAUCGGAGACCAAUUAGGGUUAGGGUUCCUGACCACCAUGAUGGGGUGGACUUAUCAGGGCCGUCGGAUACCGAAGUAAGGGAAUGGAAAUGUGGGGAUAGGAAUGGGAAUGGGAAUGCAAAUGUAGGGGGGGGAGAAAGGUAUGUGGAAGAUGGGGUUAGGGUUUGGCUUAAUGGAUUAGGGCUAGGGCGUUAUGCUCCUGUAUUUGAAAUACACGAGGUUGAUGAUGAGGUAUUGCCAAUGUUAACUUUGGAAGAUCUCAAAGAUAUGGGCAUAAAUGCUGUUGGUUCAAGAAGGAAAAUGUUUUGUGCAAUUCAGAAACUUGGGAAAGGCUUUUCAUGAGUUUUUGUUCAAUUUUUGCUGAAUCUUGUACUUUGGAAGGAAGAAAAAUAUAUAAUAUUUUUUCAGCCAUGGCAAUAUGUUUAGUAGUACCAAUCAUCAUCCACUACUCACCACUUAAAUGGGCAUAGGAAGGAGAAUAUCUGAAGGUGUCUCAUCUCAUUCUCUUUGUGGACUUGUUUCAUAUCAAGCCCUUUGGUGCAAGAAGUUGAAUUUGCCAGUAGGUUCAACUUGGCUUGGUAAAAUUGCUAGUGGAAAUGCCAAAAAAACUUGUAUAUUAGAUGUUGUAUAGGUCAUCUCACAUCAGAUUUCUUUGGUAUGGACGUGAUGCCCUUGUGUUAGGCUAUUAGAUUUCAUACUAUUUGUAAUCAUGCCUUGUGAAUUGUUUUGAACAUGUAUAAGAACCUUCUUUCAUUAUGAACAUUUCAGUGAUCUUUGUCACACA